CGGCCGGCGGAAGCGGUUGGGCCGCGCUCCCGGGGAGGGAGGCCGGGCCCGGGGGGCAGCGGCCGGGGGCAGCCCGCCCGCCCUCCCUCUCUCUCUCCGUCGCCGGUGAUGCCGGGUCCGGAUCAGCGCUGCCCCCGCCGUUGCUCUCCCUCCCGGCGGCGGGGGGCUGCGGGCUGAGGGCCCAGCCCCCGCCGCGCCGCCAUGGUGCCCUGGGGAGCGGUGCUGUGGCGGCGGCUGCUGAGGAAGCGCUGGGUGCUCGGCGUCGUCUUCGGGCUCUCCCUCGUCUACUUCCUCACCAGCACCUUCAAGCAGGAAGAGAGGACAGUGAGAGAUCGAAAUCUCCUCCAAGUGCAAGAGCAUGAGCAGCCGAUCAUGUGGAAGGUGAAGUUCAGUUCAGGAAACGGCAGUCAGCUGAGUAACCAGUGCAGGAAUUCUGUGCAGGGGAAGCUCCUCAUUACAGAUGAACUGGGCUACAUCUGUGAGAGAAAGGACCUACUGGUAAAUGGCUGUUGUAAUGUCAACGUGCUCAGUACAAAGCUGUACAGCUGUGACAGCUGCCUUCCCAACGGCUGCUGCAGCGUGUACGAGUACUGUGUUUCCUGCUGUCUGCAGCCCAGCAAGCAACAUCUUCUGGAACGCUUCUUGAACCGGGCAGCUAUUGCUUUCCAAAACCUCUUCAUGGCAGUGGAAGAUCACUUUGAGUUGUGUCUGGCGAAAUGUAGGACUUCAUCACAGAGUGUGCAGCAUGAAAACACCUACAGAGAUCCAAUUGCAAAAUACUGCUAUGGCGAAUAUCCCCCAGAGCUUCUGCCUGUUUGAAAGCUACACGAUCUAAGCAACAAAGGGAAGGAACGGGAGUCUAGAAUCCAAAAGAGCAAGGCAACAGCUGUUGCAUUAAAAGAGCCUCAGUGUAAAUGGUUUAUGUUGUUUCUGGGGACAAACCCAGAGGUGUACAGUAUAAACAAUGGACUUCAGUUCUCUGGGAUUGAAUCUUGCUUUCUUCAGUUUACAAUGCACCUUCUUUAGAGUACUAGUACGUUCUUUGAGUACUUUCUCUAAAUUUUAGGAUGCAUGGAGUUGAUCUAGGCUAUAUAGGAUCAUAGAAAAAAUAUCUAAUGUAGCUUUGCAGAUGUACAUGGAGGUUCAAUUGCAUCUCUGGAGUUCAGAGACUUUCUAGAGUGACCGUAAUAAUUGGAGGAUUUUUGCUUUUAGAGAGUAAAGCAUGCCUGUUACGCUUCUCUCUCUGGAGCACUUCUUGACAUGCAUGGUGUACACUACGUAUGUAAUUAUGAAUUAUUUAUUCAUUUUAUAUGGAUUACUAGCUGAAAGUAUUGAUGCUCUGCAUAGCUAGUUGUUGAUGCCUUUCAGUCCCUGUUUUGUUAUGUCAGGUAGAAAGGAUGUUUUAGAUCCUGACUAAAAUUAGUUGGUUUUUUAACUCAGUCUAAAGGAAUUGUAUUGGGAUUUGUCACUAUAGUGCUUAUGUUCCUCUCAGUGAGUUUAAAGCAUUCAGAACUCCAAUGGAGUUGUUAAUCUGUCAAAAGUCCCACAGCAUGAGAGAAGAGCAGGGAUCUGCCUAGGAUGAGAUGUUUAUUGUCUGUAAAUGCCUUCCUUGUUACUCUGCAGCAGUUUCCUCAAAGAGGAAUCUUAGUCUUGUAAACCGCUCUCUGCUAGUCCACUUUCUGACAGGGAGCCCUGAAGAUUUGUUUGCUUGAACUCCUUCAGGCCUAGGUAAUUCAAAUGUACUUCACUCCUGGUUGUGCAGGAGGCGAAAGGGUGGAGUUGAUUUCAGUUUAAUGAUGUCCUUGUGUAUGAAGUAAUUAGAAUGUUGGAGCAUGGCUGUAAGGAUUGUAACAAUGGUGCAAGCCCUCUUCUGAGGACAACUGUGUUGCAUGAGUUCAGUUAAACAGUCAUGAUGUUUUUGAUUUGCUGUUUGACAUACUUGCUAAUUUGGAAUUUUGGUCUGGUCAGAAUGGCACUAGAACAGGGUUUGUUUUCCCACCAUUUCCCCUAGCUCUCAAAUUUGCAAUUUAAACUCUCAAGGCCACACAACACAGAAAAGUUGGGUAGAGAACCUGUAAAAUGCUGACUAAAUUAGUAUUUCCCCUGCAAGUCACUGGGCAAAGUCCAAGUGCUAGACAAAAUUGGGCUUUUUUAUAUGCAGAGGCUCAUUUCUCCUGUUUUUACCCCAUCAGCCUCCUCCAUGAUUUUGACUUUGUAUGCUUGUUUAAACUGAUGCUUUCUAUUCCCUGACUGAAAUAAAACAGUCUACAGAGGCUAAAAAAAAAAAACAAAAACAAAACCAAAACAAACAAAAACCAGAAAAACCCCACAAGCACAGUGGUGGAGUAUCCUGGUGCAAAAGAUGUGUAGAAUUUGAUUGCAAUUAGAUGGGAUAUAAAUAAGAAGUAAUGUUACCAGCCAUCCGAUAAAAUCCCCUUGCAGUGUUUUCAUUCUUCUUUCCCAGAAGUCAUCAAGUGAGAUAAUGGUUCCAUCAGCAGAUUCUCUUGAAAAUCUCAUUUUUCCAAAAGCUUAAAAGCUUUAGCAUUAGCAGUUUUUCCACCUGAAAAUCUGUCUCCCCUUUGCUGCCAUCCUAUGGCAACUUGCUGCAGCAAACAUGAUGCAGUGUAAAGAUGCAGUGUGAAAUGCUGUCUUCAGGGGGUAGCAGAGGUUACUUCUCUUUUUAGUGUUAAACAGAUUCAUCACCCCUGUUCCAGCACUUCAUAACUGUUUUCCUCAGGGAAGAAUAGACCAUCAGGCUGGUCUGUUAUCAUUCCUGCUGAGAAGUAUUCCUGGCACUUUGUUUUUGCACCAUGACUGAUGAGAUCAAGAUACCGAUAGCUUGCUCUUUCUUUCUUUUCCAACUUGGUAUUAAUUCCUUAGCAGGUGAUACCACUGCUUGAAGCCGUUAAUUGUAAGAAAUUGUAAGAACCAACCUAAUUUGGACAACAUAGUGGGAAUUCCUGGCCCCCUUUUUCUCCUAGAAAAACAGAAUGUGAUCAGAAGUGCAUUGUGACCUUGGUCCAUUCAACAGGACAGAAACUGCAUCCUCCCUCCCUGGUUGUUGAGCUGUUCAACUAGUGUCUAUACUAUAUGUUAAAUCAUUAAAAAUUUAUCUGUGUUCCAAAA